AUGACGCUAUGUCUAUCUCGAGUCGACAGUGCUAGAACGAUAUACAACGAUGCAAACUAUAAUGAAACGUUGAUACAAGAGCUAAGAUUACAAAGGGAAAAUUCACAAAGCUUCAGGGUGCUCGAUCUGGCUUCCGGUAGCUAUAUAGAAAUCAAGCUAUCAGCAGUGGUAGGUACGCUUGCGCCGUUCAGAAAGAUUUCGCUAGCUGAUAUAAGUAUAUGCCAUUUAAUAGCCUACUUACACGAGACGAAAUUUAAAGAUUCUGAUGUUGCGGUGAAUCAAAUAAGGCUCAUUGGGAUGGGAAGGUUAUAUCAUUAUAAUGAUACGACGCUCCUUUCAGACAUGCAUUUCUCCACAUUUCAUUUGGCGAUUAAUAAAAAUGUUCCCCAUAUGUCUAUAACGAUUCCAUCUGUCCUCCACAGUCAAGAUAACGGAGUGACAUACAUCGAGACAGCCUCCAAGAAGUUAGCUAGAAUGAAGAGGCGUUGGGAGAUGAAGAAGGCUUCUUCAAAUAGGGUGUCUAAAAGAGCUCUGUUAAUGUGCAAACUAAAAAACUUUUUCUUUUACAACAGUAAGUACGCUGCAAUAGUCUACGAUGAUUUAUAG